UGGCAAUCUCCAACUUUUUCAAAGGAUUUGAACGAGUAACUUGCGGGCGAUGAGCGCUACUACGAACUUGCGUCUAGCCAAUGUAUUGCUCUGCCAUGGACGAAUACCGCCAUUAUAUCGCACGACAAAGGUGGUCGUAAAGGGACCCCUUGCAACAAGAUCCACCAUUGCCAGUUUACAUUCCGCCAUCUGCAUAAAGCAUUUCUCAACCCCGCGUACGAUUGUUAAUGGUUCAGGUGUCGUGAAUAUCCUGGCAAAGCGAGUAGCGCUCGGCGUACAACGAGUGCAGGUGACGCAAGGUCUCUUGCGGUCAAGCGUCCGCUACUCAACGGGCUCCAAUGACGACAAAAACUCAACACCUGUUCCAAAACCUUCUUCCAAGGAGAACAUUUACACAAUCCCCAACGCGCUGACAGUCGGGCGACUUGUGCUGUCCCCCGUCAUUGGAUACCUUAUUGUCAGCGAACAGUUCACAUGGGCCUUGGGUACCCUAUUUGUAGCAGGACUGUCUGAUCUUGUUGACGGCUUUAUUGCACGACGAUAUAAUAUGAAAACUUUCCUGGGAUCGGCGUUGGAUCCUGCGGCGGACAAGGUGCUGAUGACGGUUUUGACAGUGUCGCUGGCGAGAGCUGACUUGCUCCCACUACCCCUCGCAGUACUGAUUUUGGGUCGAGAUGUUGGGUUAAUAGCGGGGACAGCUUAUUACCGAUAUAAAUCCUUACCUUCUCCGAAAACUGUGUCCCGAUACUUUGAUCUCUCCCUUCCUUCUGCAGAAGUCCAUCCUCCAAUGAUCAGCAAGAUUAACACGCUUUUGCAACUUACAUUGAUGUCGGUAUCCCUUGCUGCUCCAGUUUUUGGUUUUACCGACUGGGUUGGAUUAGAAGCGCUGAGAUGGGUCGUGGGGAUAACUACCAUCUGGUCGGGAGCGCAAUAUGCACUAGACAAAAGCGUAAUCAAGAUACUACCGCAGCCGAAAUAAUAUAGGAGAUAAUAAUUAAAUUUUCUGAAGAUGUCCACACGCAUGGCAUCCUCGGAACCAGUUCCCUUUGGGCCCAAAUACCGGCACUCUAUCGAACAAACAAAGUGACUAAAAUACUUCUGUAGAAUACUAACGACUGUACAUGAUAUAUACAUUGCUUUGGGGA